UUAUUAAUGUAUAAAAGUUGCGUUGUACUUUCAAUCACACGUUAAAUUCAAAAUUUUGAUUCUCUUCUGAAAUUCCUUGACCUUCAGUAAUUCAAUGUGACUCCUUACCAAUAGCAGUUCAUUUAAAAUAGAGGGGAAUAGCUUGAUAAAACCAACCUGGUUAUGAAUUGUGUAUUGCAAUAAUCAAAUCACUACAUUAAUCGCCGACGUGACGAUAUAAAUCGUCCGGACUAACGCACACCUAACCUUCAAACAUUAUUGGAUCAACAGGUCGUUUUAUAAUGGCAAAAAAAGGAGACAUUGGCUUAAUUGGUUUGGCCGUCAUGGGCCAAAAUCUCAUCCUUAACAUGGCAGAUCAUGGCUUCACAGUAGUAGCCUUCAACAGAUCCAUAGAAAAAGUCCACAAUUUCCUUGCAAAUGAAGCCAAAGGAAAAAGCAUCAUAGGAGCUGAAUCUAUUGAAGACUUAUGUUCAAAACUUAAAGCACCCAGGAGGGUAAUGUUACUUGUGAAAGCAGGAGAUGCUGUAGACAAUUUUAUCAACCAACUUGUUCCUCAUUUAGAAAGAGGAGAUAUUAUUAUCGAUGGUGGAAACUCUGAGUAUCAGGACAGUGAAAGAAGAACUAAGGAAUUAUCAGAAAAAGGAAUCCGAUUUGUUGGAUCGGGUGUAUCAGGUGGAGAAGAAGGUGCUCGCUAUGGUCCUAGUUUAAUGCCUGGAGGUAAUAAAGAAGCUUGGCCUUACAUAAAAGAUAUCUUCCAAGGUAUCUCCGCUAAAGCCGAUGGUCAACCUUGUUGUGAUUGGGUGGGAAGUGAUGGUGCUGGUCAUUUUGUUAAAAUGGUACACAAUGGUAUAGAAUAUGGAGAUAUGCAGCUUAUUGGAGAAGUCUAUCAUUUAAUGACUGCAAUUGGUAUUAAUCAAGAAGAAAUGGCAGACACUUUUGAAAAAUGGAACAAGGGUGCUUUGGAUAGUUUCUUGAUUGAAAUUACCAGAGAUAUUUUGCGAUAUAGAGGUUCAGAUGGGGAGUAUCUUCUUCCAAAAAUUAGAGACACUGCUGGUCAAAAAGGAACAGGAAAAUGGACUGCCAUAUCAGCACUUAACUAUGGCGUUCCUGUAACUCUAAUAGGAGAAGCUGUGUUCAGUCGUUGUCUUUCGGCUCUUAAAAAAGAGAGAUUGCAUGCUAGUACUGAACUUCAAGGACCUAAUAUAAAAUUUACAGGGGAUAAAAAGAAGUUUCUAGAUGAUUUAGAACAGGCACUCUAUGCUGCCAAAAUUGUAUCUUAUACACAAGGUUUCAUGUUAUUGAGAGAAGCAGCCAAAGUACACAAUUGGGACCUUGAUUACGGAGCGAUUGCCUUGAUGUGGAGAGGAGGUUGUAUCAUUAGAUCAGUAUUCCUUGGAAAAAUUAAAGAAGCUUUUGACAAAGACAUCAAUUUAAAAUCGUUAUUAUUAGAUCCUUUUUUCCUAAAUGCUAUCACCAAAGCUCAAACUGGUUGGAGGAAUGUUGUAUCUACAGCUGUCAACAUAGGCAUUCCAACACCAGCUUUAAGUACCGCUUUGGCUUUCUACGAUGGUUACAGGUCUGAGCGUUUGCCAGCAAACCUACUUCAAGCUCAAAGAGACUACUUUGGAGCACAUACUUACGAAUUAUUGGGACAAGAAGGUAAUUUCAUUCACACCAAUUGGACUGGACAUGGAGGAAACGUUUCUGCUUCAACAUACGAUGCGUGAAUUGUCUGUAUUUGUUAUUUAAUGUAUACCUUACAUGUUUUUGAAUAAAAUAUUUACUGUU